GGAGCCGCCAUUUUGGUUCCACCUAACUCCGCCAGCUUCACUUCGGUUCCGCCGGAGAUGGAAGAAACCGAACCGAGGGCGAGUAUCUGAGCCGCCGCCUUCGACCGCCGCCCGGGAGGAAGCACGCCGCGCCGGGCCUCGAACCCACGGCUGCUCGUUCAGCUGCUGUGUGAGAGGAAGAGGAAAAGCCCGGAGCCAUUUUCCGCUGGACAGCGCCUGAGCAGUGAGUUGCGUUCAGGGACUCGAACCCACCACCGGACGCUGCCUCGGGUCGGACCCGCUUCAGGCUGGUUUCCGCUCGGCUUGUGAGGCUCCAGCACGUCCGCUGCCCCGGAGGGAAGCGACCCAUGCGGAGGGACUCGAUCCGAGGGGCGACGCGCAGGAACCGGGCUUAGUGGCGAGUGUGUGUCGGCGGAUUGUGUGUGGACGUGAGCACCGGGACCGGAGGAGAAGAUGUCCAACAAGACUCCAUUACCCACAGUGAACGAGAAGGGGACGGAGACGCACACGUCUCACAGUAAUGGGCGCCAGGAGAUCAGCACGCGCUCCAGCCGCACCGGCGUGCGCUCGCGCAGCUCGGAGGAGCCGCAGCAGCCGCACGUCGGGAACUACCGGCUGCUCAAGACCAUCGGCAAGGGCAACUUCGCCAAGGUCAAGCUGGCCCGACACAUCCUCACCGGCCGAGAGGUGGCAAUUAAGAUAAUAGACAAGACGCAGCUGAACCCAAACAGCCUUCAGAAGCUCUUCAGAGAAGUUAGAAUAAUGAAGAUCUUGAAUCAUCCGAAUAUAGUCAAGCUGUUUGAAGUGAUAGAGACGGAGAGGACGCUCUACCUGGUGAUGGAAUACGCCAGCGGAGGAGAAGUGUUCGACUACCUGGUUGCACACGGACGAAUGAAGGAAAAAGAGGCCAGGGCUAAAUUUAGACAGAUCGUAUCGGCGGUGCAGUACUGUCACCAGAAGCACAUUGUUCACAGAGACCUCAAGGCGGAGAACCUGCUGCUCGACGCCGACAUGAACAUCAAGAUCGCCGACUUCGGCUUCAGCAACGAGUUCACCAUGGGCAACAAGCUGGACACGUUCUGCGGCUCGCCCCCCUACGCGGCGCCCGAGCUGUUCCAGGGGAAGAAGUACGACGGGCCGGAGGUGGACGUGUGGAGUCUCGGGGUCAUCCUCUACACGCUGGUCAGCGGCUCGCUGCCCUUCGAUGGACAGAACCUCAAGGAGCUGCGGGAGCGCGUGCUGAGAGGGAAGUACCGGAUCCCCUUCUACAUGUCCACGGACUGCGAGAACCUCCUCAAGCGCUUCCUGGUGCUCAACCCGGCCAAGCGGGGGACUCUCGAGGUGAGGGAGGACGCAGAAAAUCAAAUCAUGAGGGAUCGAUGGAUCAACGCAGGAUUUGAGGAGGACGAGAUGAAGCCGUACACCGAACCCGAGCUGGACAUCACGGAUCAGAAGAGAAUAGAUGUGAUGGUGGGGAUGGGCUACAACCUGGAGGAGAUCCAGGAGUCUCUGGCCAAGAUGAAGUAUGAUGAGAUCACAGCCACCUACCUGCUGCUGGGCAGGAAGGCCUCUGAGAACGAGCCCAGCGAGUCGGCCUCCAGCAGCAACCUCUCUCUGGCCAAACCCAGACCCAACAGCGAGCUGAACGGCCAGUCGCCCUCCCACCUGAAGGUCACGAGGAGCGCCUCCUCCACCCACAAGCAGAGACGCUACAGUGAACAAGUCGGUCAGAACAAUCCUCCGGGGACGGCUCAUCCCAAGAGGAGUCAAACCACCACGGCCGAGAACAGCGUGAAGGAGGAAGGAGGCGUCCAGCUGCGUAAGCCCAGCACGCCGGGGGGCCGCGGCGCCCCCCCCGCCAGCCCGCUGCUCGGCAACGCCAACAACCCCAACAAGGCCGACAUCCCGGACCGCAGGAAAGGCGCCACCACCACCACCGGCCCGAGUACUAACCCUGCGUCGGCUGGGAUGACCCGGAGGAACACGUACGUCUGCAGCGACCGGAACAACACGGACCGUCUGUCCGUCAUCCCCAACGGGAAAGAGAACAGCAGCGUGGCCGUGUCGCCCGGCGGCCAGAGGAACCCGGUGGCGUCGACCCACAGCAUCACCAACGCCACCACGCCCGACCGCCUCCGCUUCCCCCGCGGCACCGCCAGCCGCAGCACCUUCCACGGCGGCCAGCUGAGAGACCGCCGCACGGCCACGUACAACGGGCCGCCGGCCUCGCCCACCCUCUCCCACGACGCCACGCCCCUCUCCCAGACCCGCAGCCGUGGAACCAGCAACCUCUUCUCCAAGCUCACCUCCAAACUCACCCGCAGAAACAUGUCAUUCAGGUUUACCAAAAGAGUCUCAACCGAGUUUGAGAGAAACGGGAGACUUGAGGGCUCAAGUCGCCAUGUACCUGGGGAUCAAAAAGGGGAAAAUAAAGACAGUAAACCUCGCUCCCUCCGAUUCACUUGGAGUAUGAGGACCACCAGCUCCAUGGAGCCUUGCGACAUCAUGCGGGAGAUUCGCAAGGUGCUCGACGCCAACAACUGCGACUUCGAGCAGCAGGAGAGUUUCCUGCUCCUGUGCGUCCACGGGGACGGGCGCGCCGAGAACCUGGUGCAGUGGGAGAUGGAGGUCUGCAAGCUGCCGCGCCUCUCCCUCAACGGCGUCCGGUUCAAGCGGAUUUCCGGAUCAUCCAUCGCUUUCAAAAACAUUGCUUCCAAAGUUGCCAACGAGUUAAAGCUAUGAACAAAAGGGUUUAAAAGUAUACAUAUAUAUAUCUAGAAGUAUUUAAGCUGUACAAUCAUCCAAGUAGCAGUUUCCAAAUGUCUCCUUUUUUAAAAACAAAAUACAGAGUAUGUAUUGAAUAUGAUAAUGUAUAGUUUAAGGCUUUUGGCAAUAAUCACUGAAUUACCUACUAAUAUCUGCGUCUGUUGUGGCCACACGGGGUCGACAUUAACGAGUUGAAUAUGAUUUGUCAUGCUGUGAACGUGGACAAAAAAAGCAUUUCUAGUCUUAUUUAUUUAAUCUUUUUUUUUUUUUUUUCUCUCUCUCUCUCUCUCUCUCUCUCCCGGAAAAAGAUAAAAAAAUUUACGUAGCAUUUUGUUUUCAGUGUAAAUAAUGUAUCUUUACUUUCUCGAGACGGCUUCACUGCAACACUCAUUCUGUUCCCGUUCGUUUUCUUUCUUUUGUAUCUCGUGGGAGGAAGAGAUGGG